UUCAAUCCUCGUUUGCGAUUCAGCAGCUGUAAGCUCUUUUUUUCCUCUCUGUGCUCAUCUCCACUUCCAGCAUCCUUUCUGUUCCCCUGCAGCUCCACAUCACUGGGGAUCAGUGGGUCCAGACUGCAGCCUGCUCCCCUUUAUUCUGCGUUUUUAAGUGUCUUAAAGGAUCUACAGGAUUUGGAGCAUUUCAAUUUUGUGCACUCGGAUUUACAGCUCCCUCACGUCCUUUAUUACAGUUUCAACCAAAGGUUUGGUGUGAUUGAACUUAAAACCACAGUGAUGGAUGAAAUGGAUGUACCACAGCUGAAGAAAGAGGUAGAGAGCCUCAAGUACCAGCUGGCGUUUAAGAGGGAAAAAUCAUCCAAGACAGUCACAGACUUGGUGAAGUGGAUUGAGGAUGGUGUGCCCACUGACCCGUUUUUGAACCCUGAGCUGAUGAAGAAUAAUCCAUGGGUGGAAAAGGGCAAGUGCGUGAUCAUUUAGGACGGAAACAACGGAACAGCACAGAUCUGAAUGUCCACACACACACACACACACACACACACACACACACACACACACACACACACACACACACACACACACACAGAGGCAUUAGCACCGUACAGUCACUACUUGCAAGAUCUAAAACUAUGCCACGCAUUACUAUAUAAUACUCCUAAAGGUCAAUACGUUAUUUAAAAAAAAAAUUCACUAUUAAUAUGAUAUUCAUAGAAAAAGAACUCUUUAUAUGCACUUAGUUCUAUUAGUCUGUUACAUAUUAGUUUAGCUUCCGCAUUUUUCUUUCUUUUCUUUAUUUUUUUUAAAAUACUCUAUAAACUUUUAGUGUCUCACUGCCAGAAAACGAGCGGCAGACUAACACCUGCAAAAAAACCCCCAGAGGAGAUUUCUGACUUGUAGCGUGUUAAUCCGUCCGGCAGGACAGUGCACCGUUUAUACAGGAACCACAGAAAAACAUCUUGAAGUUCAGCACCGUUUUGUUCAAUCUGUCCGAUUCAUUAAUUUAUGAUCUAUUUAUUUAUUUAUGUGUUUGUUUGUUUUUUUAAUUAACUGUUAAUGCUCUGAUGGACCUGAUGCUUUUUAAUAUUUAGGUCUGAGGUUCUGAGAUCCACUACCGAGAAAGUUUUAUUUAUUUAUUGUAUAUUUUUUAUUCCUUAUCUCCAUAGCCGAAAAUCGUAGUGUAAUAGACUUCAUUUAUAUAUUGUUGCAAACUAUUAUUUGAACACUGACACGAAUCCGGUGUUUAGCUGCUAAGAAAUCAUCGUUUGUUAUGAUACUGUACUGUAUAUGACUAUAUUUAGGACACGCUUUUUAAAAUCCCAUCAGACGAAUGAAUUCUGGCAAAAUCAAUCAAUCAAUCAAUCAAUCAAUAAAUGUGGGAUUCUUCAUAUUACGUACUUUGACACGUCCAUUAAACAUCUAUUAAAAAACUAUUUCACUGAAACCAUGUAGAAAUAUUUUAUUAACAUUCGAAACUUGGCUAAGAUUUUUGCAAAUCUUGUUAUGUAAAAAAGAGUUUAAAAAAAAAAAGUCUAGGCUAUGUGUAAAGAUAGACAUCAUUUUCAUGGCCAUGUUAAUUCAUUUUUUGUUGUUUGUUUGUUUUCUAUUCGAUUUAAUGUUUAAAUUGAAAUGAAAAUAAAUAUCUGUCAAUAAAUAGUAGUAGUUUUUGGAUAAAGUGUACCGGUGUCUUUCAGUGGAUUGGAGUUUGGAGUGUGGAGACAAACAUGACAGAAAUUCCUAAAAAUUUGCUUAUUAAGCUAAUAUUCAUAUUCGUUACCUAGCUGGAUAAAUACCGGUGUUUUAAUGUCACUUGUCAUCACAAAUGGUGUACAAUGUAAACACAAACACAAUACAAAACAGUCGAGUAACUAAACCUUCUUAGUGUUUACUGGACCCACAUUAAUAAAGAAUAAUAAAGAAUUUUUUCCCCAAUAUAUAUGAAAGUAUAAAAUCUGAAAUAUAUGAAGCUCUUGGUAGUAAAACUCAGACUCUCAGACCUGACUGUGUGAUGAGCAAGAGAAGAAAUAACACACGUUACAUGCCAGUUCUCACCAUCUGAUACUGCCUUGGUCACGCUUUCCUUAAAGAGAAUGAAUGUGUUUUGUAAGUGAACCGGCUCAGAUGCACAAAACUUUUUUUUUUUUUUUUUUUCUUCCAAAGGCAAGGCAAGGUGUGUGUUCAUAUUUUAUUGACUUCUGAUUUUGGUCUGUUUUUAUAUAUUUAUCAAUUUAAAAAAAAAAAAAAAAAAAAAAACACCUGUGGCGUGUUUAGUUAGAUAUUAAGUUCAUAGGUUUUGGGUUAAUGACUAAGCAAUAAGUAAUGGCAUUUUUUUAUUGAAUGUUUUACAAAAAGUCAUUUAUCUGGAAUAAAGUAGAGGAAUUUUA